CUUUCCUAUAAAAGAGAAGAAAUUGGCCAACAUUACAACAUACAGGGCAAUGGCGGCUGCAAGAGGCACACUUCUGCUAUUUGUGCUGGUUGGAGUUAGCGCAAUUGUUUUGGUUGGUGGCGUUAGCAGCAACGUUGCUGAGUUAGAGCGUGAGCGGUGGCGAGAGAAGCUUCCAGAAGUGGCUAUACCCCAAACCCUGCUGGCUCGUCUCUCCCCUCUUUCUCUAACACAGAUGCACAAUUUCUUGGCGGGGCUGAAGAAGACGAACGCUACUUCUUUCGAUGCCAACCGAUUCUGCCGGUCUGCCGGUUUGAUAUGCCGUGAAGAUGUGGUUUUUGUCGAUCAAGUCGGUUCAAGUUUUACGAACCCGCAUGAGAAGCACGAGGAAAACGUGUUCCUCGACAAGGAGGAACUGCGGGAGUCGGGGGAAAUUAUAUUGCCGGAUCUUAGCCCUCCCAUAAAUUUGAUCUCAUUUUUGCCCAGCGAGUUAUCAGAGAUGAUGCCGCCAUUCUCUUCUGCAAAUGUUUCUCAGAUUCUCAAUUUGUUGAACAUACCUAGCGAGUCGAAUAUGUCCCGCAGCAUGGAGAGCACGUUGGAGAUGUGCGAGGGAAGAGGGGAAGAAGGAGAAGUGAAGAGGUGCAGCACAUCCGUUGAGGGCAUGGUGGAAUUCGUGGUGUCUCGUUUGGGGUCUGACGUGGACUUGCUUACUGACACGUCUGUUGUUGGAUCCGGUCAGCGGGUGACGGUGACCAAAGCGAGUAAGAGGGAGAAUUUCGUCGGGGGUAAGCCGCCGGUAACGUGUCACAACUUUAUGUUUCCUUACGGAGUGAGUUAUUGUCAUUCUAUCAAUGGGAGUGAGGUGUUUGAUCUCCAGUUGGAGGUAGUGCAAGAUAAGGAGAAGAUUACAAGGAACGCUACAGCACUCUGCCAUUAUUUAUCUGAUGGAGCUGGAGCAAAUCAGACUGCCUGCCAUCCAGUUUACGGGGAGAUGCUACUAUGGACGCCUAAGCCUAAGCUUGACUAGCUAUUAUAAGUUCACAAAGUAUGUUGUGGAUGUUUUUUAUUAUAUGACUAUAUAAGGUAGUAGUGUUUAGUAAUGAGAUAAAAGGUUGCUUAAGGUUCAACGAGAACAAUAUUUUUAGUGAAUAAAUAUAAAUAUCA